UUAAUUUUUGUUAAAUCUUUAAUAAUUAAUAAUUACCAAAGCUAGUCAGCUUUUUGUUUGUAUAGAAUAUAAAACUAGAAAUCUCUAUUUUAAAAUAUUGUGUUAAAGAGAAUUAAAAUGUCUUUCAAUCCAACUGAGAUGCUGCAGAAAAUAAGGUUGUAAAACCAAAUCUAAAAUAGUUCAUAGUACAAAAUAUCUUUGAGUACUCAAGAUGUUAAUCAUAGUUAAAGAAAUAGCGUUGUUGGUAAUUAAUCUAAUAAAGACACUAAUUAUAUUCCUGCUAACCCAAAUAGUGUAUAUUAUCUGAAUAAGCAAAACUAGAGAUCUUAGAAUGAUAAAAAUUAACAAUAAUAAAGAAGUUCUUUAAAAUUAUAAAACAACCAGCCUUCUGAUAAUUAAGUAAAUAAAAGCAAAGCUAAUAUGCAAAAUAGUUAGGAUAUGAAUGAUAAUGAAAGGCUUAAGGUUUAAAAAUAUAUAUAAAAAAUAAAUGAAAAUAACCUAGGAACCGGGCUUGACAGCGAAUUAAUUGAAAAUUUAAUUCUAAAAAUAUAAAAGCUUGAAAGUUAAGUAACUGAUUUAACAUCAAAUUUAAAUGAAGCAAAUACUUCUGUUAAUGAUUUAAGAACAAAAAAAAUGGAACUAGAAAAUGAGCUCAGCGAAUAAAUAGCUAUAUAGCUAGAGAAAAAAUAAAUGAAUUAACAAGCUAAUAACAAUUAAGAAUAAGCUGCUGCUACAUUUGGAAGAGCAGAAGAAAGUGAUUUAGAUAAAAAUGUUUUUAAUUCUUCACAGAAAUAAAGAAAAUCAACAGAUGUUUCUCAUAAAUUGGGGGCUUCUUUGUAUGAUGAUUUUUAAAUGCAUGCUAUAUCAGAAUAAUUGAGUGAAGAAGAUGAUGAUUAAAAAAGUAAAUUAACAUUUGCAAAGAAAUAAUUAACUGCAGAGGAUUGUACAAAGGGCCUUGAUGAUGAAAUAGUUCAGCUUAGAUUAAGAAAUCAGGCCAAAAUGGAAUCUAUUUCAGAUAUUUUGAAAAAAAAAGGGAAAUCUCCCUUAAAAGUAAAUGAGUAGCAAGAUUUAUAUAUGAGAGAAGAAAAUUAAAAGUCAAUUUAUAGCUAAAAAUAAUAUUAAAUUGACGAUUAGUAGAGAAAUACCUUACAGGCUAAGAAUUUAAAUUCGUAAUUCUAACAAAGUGCUAAAGAAAAUAUAUAUUAGUAAUCGAAAAGAAAGGAUUAAGAGUAAUCGAAAUCUCCUCUUUCAUAAUCUUAAGUUUUAAAUUAAAAGUAGAAAUCUUUUCGGGUAUCUUAAAGCUAGAACGAAGAAAAUUUAUAGUCUUCUUAAAAGUAUCUAAAUUAAUAAAAAAAGGAAGAUAGAUAAAAUACAUCAACAACCCCGUCUAGACAAUCAGAAAAGUACGUUGGUAGAUUAAAUUUAGAUUUACUUUCGAAUCUAAUUAAAAUGAACCCAUGCUUGAAUAGGCCUGUUCUUACAAUCAAAAUGGAUGACACUCUCUUUAAUUGA